UUGUCAUAGGACACGUGACUACACCAAGCGGAAGUGAAGACCAUGGUUGCGGCAGUUAUUUAUGAUAUCGCUCUCGUACCUUCAUUACCUAAACUAUCCGAAGUGAAUGAAACUUAAAACUUAAGAUGACAUUAAGGCAGUUCUUAGUCGAAUAAAUCGGUUGUUUUUUGUUGUUGUUGUUUUUUUAACAAAUGUGCCGGAAAACGCUGGGUUUCUGGCUCUGGAGUCAAGUGGGACUAUGUACUACCACAGCUACUAUGUUUUACCUGUUGGUCUUGUACUUCAGUGGAUGUCUCCAGUGUGUAUCUGCUUGCAAACAGAGGCAGAGACUCCAGAUUGGAGAAUGACUCUAAAAACUAUUCGUAACGGAAUACACAAGAUUGACACGUACCUGAAUGCAGCAUUGGAUUUGAUUGGUGGUGAUGAAGACUUCUGUCAUUACAGGUGCAGUGAUGGAUACAAACCAAUCCCUCGACCUGGUUACAAGCAGCCGCCACCCAAUGGAUGUGGGUCCCCACUGUUUGGGUUUCAGUUUGACAUAGGCAUUCCCUCCAUGACCAAAUGCUGUAACCAACACGACCGCUGCUAUGACACUUGUGGCAGUGAGAAGAACGACUGUGAUGAGCAGUUCCAGGACUGUCUGGAGACCAUAUGUAGGAAUGUGCAAAGGACUCUGGGACUGGCCCAGAGUGUCCAGGCGUGUGAAUCAGCGGUGACUCUGCUGUUUGAUGCUGUUAUGCACUUGGGAUGUAAACCAUACUUGGACAGCCAGCGAGAGUCCUGUGUGUGUCAGUAUGAAAUGAAGAAGGAGCUCUGACACCAUCACAGUAGACUUAUGUAAAAGCACAAUGCUAUCACAGAGAUGCUAGCAACAGUGCUAGUAGUAAUAACUACAGUGUUUUCUCAGGGAUUGAGCUUGUUUGUGUGACACUGACGCUCCCUUCCUUUACUGAAGUUGAAAUUAACCAAGUGAAUAUAGAAACUGACUCAGAGUUUAUAGAGUGGACUACUGAUACCUUUAUUUUCUGUUAAUUAUUUAUGGUUAUUUUAUUGCGUUUCCGUGUGUUUGUCCUGUGAUGAAGUGACAACAGGGCAUUCGGGAAUUCCCUGCCUUUAUAUGACAGGAUUAGGUUUGGAAAGUACUGGAUUAAAUCUUUAUUGUAAUAUUAAUAUUGUAUUGUCUUAAUAAUUUAUUGUUAAAUUACACAGAGGCCCCUUUCCUUUUCAUUGUGAUCAUGAGAUCAUUGAGACGUUUUCUGAAUGAAGUGGAAACUCAGAUAUAUGGAGGUGUAAAGAUGUGACGGUAGAGUCAAAUAGAUUUAGGCUUUGUACUAAAAUUGUAAAUGGUUUUACUAAAACCAAAUCCAGCUUUUCUGUUAAAGCAAUAGAACCUUAUACAGUUGUAACAGUGGAUGGUAAAUAAACAUGUCACAGCUAAUCACAGCCAGCAGAUGCUAAUACUUCACUAUUUUUUCAGAAUACCAGGAGUAGAAGCCAUUAAUUCUGUUUGCAUGUAUGUCUGUCUAUAUUGUAGGAAAUGUCCAACAUGUUCAAUUUUGUUUUCUUAUUCACCUAAAAUGUCAUUAUGGAUCAAAAUAUGAUUAUGGAUCCACUUGAGGAAUGCACCUGCUUCAAACAGGUGAUUUCCAUGAGUACAUUCAUUUUCUGUUGGACUCCAUUAUGAAAACAAUCUACUUACUUUAUCAGCCUAAUGUAUGAAAGGACCUGAAAUGAACACUAUGAGCAGAGCAUUUGAUUGCUAAAAGUAAAUUGUUUAAACAGUGUCUCUAGCAUUGUUUUAGUCCACAGUCAUCACUGUGACUGUGAUCACUAUGAACAGUAUCCACUGUAAUCUUCAUUAAAUGGGAUCUUCAUUCAAAUGCAAAUCUAGUAAAUAACUGUGGAUGUAUACUGUAAAAUGCAGGGUCUCCUGACCCCAGACAAGUGAGUAAUUGCUGGUCACGAUAGUCACUACAUUUGUCUCAAAUCUUGACUUAUAUGCUGCAAAAGACAUUGCAGAUGCAGGGAUGUGUUAGUAUUUCACUUCACACAUUUAAAAACUUAAAGUUCCAAUAUUGUACCUGCUUAAAUAAACCUUUUUUCUCAGUA